UUGUACCGUACUAUACCAGAGAAUACAGAGAGGAUAGACACUGCAGACAGAUCCUGGCCAUCACCCAAGGAACAACCGCACAACUGUGGGAAGACAUCCAAUUUCUUUGCUGUAUUGCUGAACAUGGAGAAGGUUGAGCAGUGAAACCAUCAUCUCGAAAUUGGUCGGGUCGGGGGGAGCUUUGACACAUCAUCAGAUCUGAAACUGAUCAGUGCUUGUGCAGCCUUCCAUCAGAACCAACCUAUCUAAAGGUUCAGCUGUGGGUGAUCAGUUAGGGUGAGGCUGGGAAAAAGUGUGAAUGGCUCCAAGUGUGGUGAGAGCGUCAAUCAUUCAUCGAAUCUUAUGAAUCACUGACUCAUUCCUACAGGUGUUCAAGUGUGAGGAAGGUUCUGAAUGCUAUAUAGUCAUCCUAUGAAUAAUAUCUAUUCAAAUAAUUUUUAACACAUGGACAGCUACAUGGAAGAGAAACCAUUUAAGUGUGAGGUUUGUGAUAAAUCAUUUGUGACAUCCACAAGGCUCUUGAGACACCAGAUGAUUCACAGGGGAGAGAAACCUUUCAGGUGUGGGUUUUGUGAAAAGGCUUUCACCCAAUCUUCCCACCUUCAGCGACACCAGAGGAUUCAUACGGGGCAGAAACCAUUCACGUGUGAGGUGUGUGACAAAUCAUUCUUGGACUUAUCAAACCUACAUGCGCACCAUCGUAUUCACACAGGGGAGAAACCAUUCAUUUGUGAGGUAUGUGACAAAUCAUUCUCAGAUUCAUCAACGCUGCGCAAGCAUCAGCGCAUUCACACAGGGGAAAAGCCAUUCCUGUGUAAGGUGUGUGAGAAAUCAUUCUCACAAUCAUCGACACUACGCACACAUCAACGUUUUCACACAGGGGAGAAGCCAUUUACAUGCAAGGUGUGUGCAAAAUCAUUCUCACAGUCAUCAAACCUCCGCACACAUCAGCGCAUUCAUACAGGGCAGACAGCUUUCACAUGUGAGGUGUGUGACAAAUCAUUCUCGACUUCAGGGCAGCUCUGCAGGCAUCAACAAGAUCAUACAGGAGAGAAACAGUUCAGGUAUUAGGUGUGCCAUAAUUUGUUCUCAAGGUCAUCGAACCUCCUGCUCCAUUGGAGGAUCUACACAAGGGAAUCCUUAUAUUUUGAAGGAAACUUCCGUUACAUAUUCCAAUCUUUGGGGACACCACAGGAUUCACAGUUGGGAAAAUCUCUUCAGUUGCGAAAUUUGUGACAAGGCUUUUAUUCACUUCUCUGAUACCUUGAAGCAUUAGCCUACAUAGGAGAGACAUGUCUCAGAUGUGAAUUUUUUGAUAAGGCUUUUACAAUGAUGGAUCACUAUUAUCACUCAGGAAGAAAUUCCUUCAUGAGUCAGUCAUGUAAUAAAGUCUUCAUACAAUUGUUGAAGCUCCUGGAACAUUACCAAAACCACACCAUUCAGCCAGGUCCAAGCCCAGUCUAUCGUCCGAAUGUGAACCUGCACCCAGUCUCACUGUGCAGGGUGUUCAGUGGGACUGGGACACAGAACAAGAAGCAGCUUUCACUCCCAUCAAACAACUAGUGAUGACAUCACCAGUGCUGAGGGAUGAUGAUGUAACAAUGGAGUCACCCUGCAGUGUGAUGUCAGUGAAACAGGACUUGGAGUAACCCCCAGGCAGUGAGGACAACCCGCUGUGUUUGUAUCCAGAGGGUUUACACAACUCAAUCCAGAUAUGACUUCCGCAAAACCAUGGGAGAUGCCAAGAGGGGUUGGUGACAAUUCGCCACGGCAGAUUUGCUGCCGAUGAUUAGCCACUGCCAGUUCUCCACCAGCGUUUCUCCACUGGGGUCAUUUGACCUCUGGAGACUAUUUGCCACCGGAAAUAUAUAGAUGUACUGAUUGUUUUCCCUUCCACCUGUUCUUUCAUAUGUCUCAGUCCCCUUUAUUUAUACAACUACAUACUACAUAUUGAUAAAAAAAAGAGGUAAAAUAAAUAUCAU